AUGAUAGAACGCUUAAAAUCAGCUAUCAUGAAUGACUCAGUCUUUCAAACAUUCUUAAAUCCUCAACAACCUAUCACUUGUCAAACUCCAUCACUUUCGAUCAUACCCAUUUUACUCUUACUCUUUUUUCAAUGUUCAUUAUUACAUCCUCAACUUGCAUUUAAUCAAAACUUACGUUUAAUAAGAUUAAUUCUUACUCCUAUCAAUUUCUGGUCAUCUUUAAAAAUUUCAAUAGAUUAUUGUUUUAAACCAUUGGAUCAGAGUGGAAUUUUUAAUUUUUUCUUUAGUUGUUUUGGAAUUCAUUUAUCACUUAAAAGUUUAGAAUGGGGUUUAGCAGAUGAUCAUCAACUUAAAAAAAUUCAUCAAAUCCGUCAUGAAUUUGAUUUAGAUGAUGAUGAUUCUAAAAAAUUGAAAAAGAAUGAUGAUGCUGAUGAAUCGAUUGAAAAUGAUAAGAAAUCUUCUGAUCAACUCACUUUAGAAAGUUGGUAUAUCUGGACAGUUGAUCAAUUUCUCUCCGCUCGGGGAUUCCAAUACGGUUGGGGUAGCCAUGUUCAACCCAACACACGUAGCGCCAUGGAAGUCUUCAAGCGCUUGGUGAAAGUUCACAUUGUUCAUGUCGCUGUAGUAGCGUACUCGGUAUAUAUCAGAGAUAUCGGUUCAAUCAGCAAAGUUCUAGACUCUAUCGGAUUACCAAAUCAUUUAGUAUUUAGAAUUCUUACAGACUCGAUUUCUACAUUCGCCUUUGGACUUUAUAUAGUUUCAAUAACAGAUAUAUCAUAUAAUUAUUAUACACUUUUGGCUUAUUUGAUUUCAUCUUUUAAUCAAUCAUUACCAAAUUGGAUCAAAACUUCUUAUAAUUUAAAAUUAUUUUUACCUCUUUAUAAUUCACCUCAUUUAACUAAUUCUUUAAAUGAUUUAUGGAGUUUACAUUGGCAUCAAUUAUUUAGAAGAAGUUUUAUUUUUAUAGGUGGAAUUCAGUUUUCAAAAUUAUUUAAAUUUCUGGGAUUUAAUAAGCAACUUCAAAAAAUUGCUGGACUUCUUGGUUGUUUUUUGGUUUCUGGAAUUAUGCAUGAACUUGCUAUUCAUUUUGUGGCUAGAUCACCUCAUUCAAACCCUCACUAUUUCUUUAACAGCUCAGGAUUUCCUGGUUCAUUAUUAUAUUUCAUGUUACAACCUUCAAAACAGGUUACUUGA